GGUUGUUGUUUCCGCCGGUAUGAAGUGCAGUUGGACUCUGUGGGAAGCGGUUAUCUUACUUGUUGCCACGUCGGAGUAGUCGGUGAAGCCGGGUUUCUUUUAAAAAGGAGGAUUACUCGUGUUGUUCGGGGUUUCAGUCACGGUCAUGGUUUCCGUUAUUAACACUGUGGACACCUCUCACGAGGACAUGAUUCACGAUGCCCAGAUGGACUACUACGGGACUCGGCUCGCCACCUGUUCUUCUGACCGCACCGUCAAGAUCUUUGACGUCAGAAACGGAGGGCAGAUCCUUGUGGCAGACCUCAGAGGCCACGAGGGUCCCGUGUGGCAGGUAGCGUGGGCUCAUCCAAUGUUCGGCAACAUCCUGGCUUCCUGUUCCUACGACCGAAAAGUCAUUAUUUGGAAAGAAGAGAACGGAUCCUGGGACAAGAUGUACGAGUACACCGGACACGAGUCGUCAGUGAACUCAGUCUGCUGGGGUCCAUAUGAGUUUGGUCUAAUCCUGGCCUGUGGCAGUUCAGACGGAGCAAUUUCCCUUCUCACGUUUACUGGAGAUCAGCAGUGGGACGUCAAGAAGAUCAGCAAUGCUCACACUAUCGGCUGCAACGCUGUAAGCUGGGCUCCCGCUAUAGUCCCAGGCAGUUUGAUUGAUCAGCCAUCGGGACAGAAGCCAAACUACGUCAAGCGCUUCGUCUCCGGAGGCUGCGACAACCUGGUCAAACUCUGGAAAGAGGAGGAUGGGCAGUGGAAGGAGGAUCAGAAGCUGGAGGCUCACAGUGAUUGGGUGAGAGAUGUUGGCUGGGCUCCAUCUAUUGGUCUUCCCACCAGCACCAUUGCCAGCUGUUCUCAGGUAACGCUGUGGAAGGAGUCGAUGGAUGGUCAGUGGGCGUGUAUCAGUGAUGUCAGCAAAGGCCAGGGCGCAGUCUCCACCAUCACAGACACACAGCAGAAUGAGCAGUGACCCUCGAAUUAAAACGCACACACCCAUUCCGUGACCCCUGACCCUUCGAUGAUGACCCUCAGCCUUCAGAGAGGAAAGAAUAAACAUGCUGGACAUUUGGACUGAAAACAAGACGCCCACAGGGAUGAAGCCUGGUCUAUAAUCUGAGUUUUAGGCUUCAGCAUGAGUUGGGUGCCUGCUGAAAAUCAACAAGGAGAAUUUAUUAGAGGGAAAGAAACCAUUACAACUCAAAGAAUCACCGCUCUCUGUGUUUUUACUUUAACGUUUAGAAAUCCGGACACAACUUUGUUCGUUUUGUCUUUAGCUUCAUCAAAGUUUAGUUCUUCCUGCUCUACUCCAGAAAUAUUCCACCUCCACUGCUGGAGAACAAAAUUACCAUCACCCUUAAUGCUCCCAGCAUCCUCAGGGGCAGUCGUCCUGACUUUCAACACUUUAUUCUAAUUACUGGUUCACUCAAAUUGGCUUUGAGUGAACCAAGAAAACUAUAAAAACAAAGCAGGUGAGCCCACCUUCACAUCUAAAACAAACUCUCAUGUUCUCAUAGUGAAACAAAACAUGUCUUGACUGCCUGGUUUGGAUUUACAUUUAAUGAUAAGUGGAUAAAUGUUUUAUUUGGUAAUGUUUGCAGACUCUCUUCAGCUGUUAAAUGAAUAAUCUGCCUUAACAACCAUGAAUGGAGCGAUCGUUUUUCUCCAGGUGUAUGAUCACAAUCCAUUGAUUUUCUUUUUCAUGUUUGAUGUAAUUAAAUAACUGUUUAAUAUUAAAA